UCAUGUAUUGAAAAGUUUAGAAGCCUCGUAAUAUAAACCAUAAGCGGUAUUGGGCAUGUGCACCGCUAGGUACAUCACAUGACCAGUUUCGGGGCGCCCGACCUUUUGAACGAGGGCUGCUGACCUGUAACCUGACAACGACGGUAUGACCCACAUCCGCCUUAUAUCGGUAAAGAAUGGGGCGAGAAUAGGAUGAGGUCAACGACUGUUUCCCUUCAGGUUACGUCAUCCCCUAGGCGUAACAUAUUCAUGAUUGAUAUACAAGACAACUACCGAGAACCCCGGUACUAAUCAUCCUACACCCGUACAUGCCUGCUGCUCUCGGACCGGUGGUCUGCCCGUCCUCUAAGUAUGCCCAAUAUCAUCUACCGCUCACCCCUUCCCGACGUGGAGUUGCGCAACGAGGAUCUCGUGUCCUUUCUCUUCUCAAAUCCAUACAACAGCCCCAGGGAGAAGGCACUCUUUAUUGAUGCGAUUUCUGGAAGCAGCCACACCUACGCAGAUGUUCUCCACCGAACACGAUCUUUGGCCUGUGGCCUUCGGAAUCUGGGUAUCCAGCCGGAUGACAUCGUGUCCGUAAUGAGUCCGAACUCUAUCGAGUACCCAAUCAUUUGCUACGCUAUCAUAGGCUGUGGUGCCACAGUAGCGCCCUCUGAUGCCUCCCUGGUCCCUGAUGAGGUCCGACACCAGCUCCAGAUUACGCAGGCCACGUAUCUCAUUAUUCACUCAUCCCUGAUGCCCACCGGGAAAGAGGCCAUCAAAGGGACUGCAGUCCAGUGUGUCAUCCAGGCAGAUGGGGAUGCACCACGGGAGAGUGGGAUGCCCACCGUGAAUGACUUGGUUGCAAGCAGUCCGGCGCAGGAUCUAUUAAUGACCCCGCCGGCCUUGCUCGACAAACGCCCUGCUUUCAUUUGUUUUUCCUCGGGGACGACAGGGCCCACCAAGGGGGUAAUCAUCACCCAUCACAACAUAACCGCUAAUUUACAACAGUGGAGUGCGCUAUACCUGCGGGGAAUAUCGCCCAGUCCCACGGGAGUGGCAUUUAUGCCCUUCAGCCAUAUUUCCGGCAUCAGCACUGUUGUCUGUGGCGGGAUGCUGCGGGGGACGACCACUGCCAUCCUGCCACGAUUUGACAUAGAUGUGUUCCUGCGUAAUGCUCAACAGCUUCAACCAGACGAGUUGUCACUAGUACCGCCUAUUGCCAUGUUAUUAGUGAAUCACCCCCUUGUUCCCAAGUAUAACAUUCGCAGCGUAAAGAGAAUCUUUUCUACGGCAGCGCCGUUGAGCAGGGAGUUGGCCCGUGCCCUGGAGGAGCGUUUCCGCACGCUCUAUGGGACGACCGUUCACUGUCACCAGGCCUGGGGUAUGACCGAGACCAGCCCCUUAGCCACUGGGGUGCCUCCGGACCGUAUUGACCGGCGUCACACUGUCGGGUGCAUCGCGCCAAACAUGGAGUUUCGCCUGGUCGACCCAAAGACACUGCAGGACGUGAUGCAGGUGGACGCUAACGGCACGCUCCAGCCGGGCGAGAUCCUCUGCCGGGGCCCCAAUGUGACAAAAGGGUAUUAUCGGAACGAGGCGGCCACGCGCGGCCUGUUUCAUGCGGAUACGGACGGGGUGACAUGGCUGCGGACGGGCGACAUUGCAACUAUCGAUCUCGAGGGAUAUCUGACUAUUCAAGGCCGUAUCAAAGAGAUGAUCAAGUACAAGGGCCUUCAGAUCGUUCCUAGCGAACUCGAAGGUAUGCUCCUACAGCAUCCAGACAUUGCCGAUUGCGCCGUCACAGCGCUGUGGGCGGAGGAUCAGGCGACCGAGUUGCCCGUGGCGUUUGUCGUUUUGACGCAGUCGGCCCAGUCACGAUGCCUAUCUGAUGUCGCUCGACGCAUUGAUUCGUGGCUUAAUGAGCGGGUUACACCACACAAGCGCCUGCGUGGUGGCAUCCGAUUCAUCGACACCAUCCCUAAGAGCGUUAGUGGGAAAAUCCUGCGGCGCCAAUUACAGAAUCGUUUGGCUCACAUUGGACCUUCAUCACGGUUAUGAUCUCUUCCCAAGAGGUCCCGGAGGGCGGUUAUUGCCUUCUCAAUAUGUAGCACAAUUGCGCACGGGUGUGGUGAGGCGCCAAGAAAGAGUCAAAGGCCGCAGAAAUGCAAAAGCUGGGCUCGUUAAUUUGGGACUUACUUUGAAAAUUGGAUCACAAAUGGAGCUGUGCAUGGUAAGAUGGGCAGAAAAUGAUUUGACGCAUUAAGUGUAGAGUGCAGUAUCAUUAAGAACCACCACUUUGUUAUUCAGGCUGCUCUUGAUGCCUAUUUGUUUAAAAAACAGUCAUUGGUAAUGUAGUCACCUAGUCACGCAAUCAUUUCAGUGCUGGGAUUCCACCGUAGAUCUUUUAUCAAGGUGUCUUCUUUUCGUGCCAUAAUGAAAUAUCUUCAUCCCAGCGGAUGUUGCCGACCCGAGGAUCAUUGUCAC